AUGAAUCAAAAGGAAAGCAAGCUGUCAUCUCAUCACAAACAGGAAAAGUCAUCAUCAAAAACCGAUCAUAAUCAUCCAGCAACAAAUGGAAGCAAUCCCGAUCACCAUUCAUCAGUUAAAAAAGCUUUCCGAGAGAAACCACUGUUGCAACGAUUUAGAGAAUGUAGCAACAAGCCUCGCCGACGAAUUGAAAAACCAACGGUAUGCACAUGGAAUUCCGAACAACUACAGGCUUUAAUUAAAACUUUUCAAGAAUAUGAAAAAGCAGCACUCGAUGACGUGGAACCAACAUCCCAAGAACAAGACUAUCAAAUUAAUGCAGUAUCCAUUGAAAAAACAUGCGUGAUUUAUGAUCACAUUGGAGGCACCUAUCGAACGAAGAGGAUUGAAAUUCCAUUGGUUUCGUCGUUGUCUUUUAUUACCAAUGAAAAACACCAUACAUCAAGCUCGGAAUCUCCAUCACUUCCCAACACACCGCCAGCUCUCCUUUCCAGAUCAUCAUCAACAUCUUCGAUCAGCACCACUAAAAGUAACACUUCCACGACUUCAUCCAAAGCAACCACAUCAGGCAUGAAAGUAAAAAAGAAAAAGAAUCCAUUUAUGAAAGUUUAUAAGAAAUUAAAAUUGAAAAUUGCAAACCCUGAAAAGAAUAUUGCCAAGCCUGAGUUGAUAGAAAAGUAUUUUCCAAAUUUAAAAUUACCUGACGAUUUUGUGUACAUUUUAGAGAAUGAAAGAAGUUCUAAAACACUCCCAACAGCUCAUAACGAUAAUCGAUGUAACUGCACCAGCAAAUGUGUGAAGCAUGAAUGUUUGAAUUACUUGUCACAAGUGGAGUGCUCUUCAGAUUGUCAGUGUGGCUCGCUGUGUGACAACAAAAUGUUUACCAACAUGCAGUAUCCAAAUAUUGUUUGCUUUUACAGCAAAGGUAAAGGAAUUGGUGUAAAGUGCAAUCAACCCAUCAUCAAAAAGGGAGAAUUCAUCACUGAGUAUGUUGGAGAAGUAAUCUCAAUCAAAAGAUUUGAAAAAAGAACAAGCAGAAAAUAUCACAAAUCUCUUCACCACUACUGCAUGAAUUUAAAUGAGAAUGAAAUUAUUGACGCAACAUGGAUGGGAAAUAUUGGAAGAUUUAUAAAUCACUCGUGUGACCCCAAUGCAUGCACACAGGUUUGGUCUGUGAAUGGAUACGACAAGGUUGGAAUAUUUGCAAUUAGAGAUAUCAUGUUUGGAGAGGAAAUUACAUACAAUUAUCAUUUUACGAUUUAUGAUGAAGUGUCAGAGCAACAAGUGUGUAAAUGUGGAGCUGAAACAUGUACUGGAGUGAUUGGAAAAAAGCCCUCAUCUCCUUCAUUUUCUGGUUCAAGUGACUCUGAAGCAGACACACCAGAUGAGAGCGAGAAUGAAUCUGAGGGAUCUCCGAAACGGUCGCUGGCGGUAUCUAAUGUUGAGUCAAACAACGAGCCAAGCCAAAAGAAGCAAAAAAUUGACGAAUCCAACUCGGAAGAUGAUGACAUGUCAGAAAACGAUGAAUAUUACAUGCAAUUUAUCGAUAGUGAAUAA